CUUCUCUGACUAGGCGCGCUUCACAAUUAUGACUACUUGGGGUUACAGAAAGGAUAACGGUAAGCGAUCGAUUUCUAAUGAGUUUAGUCAGUGAUAGUUUAUGUUUUCGUUCUGAAAGGAAAAGCAAUGAAGUAAACGCAUAAUUGUUCCAAAACCUUUUGAAAUAUGUACAUUUUAAGCAUUCUGUCUGGAAUCGAAACCGACGAAUAUUUUGAAAUAUUAUUUUUCUCUAGGUCCGGACACCUGGCAUAAAAGCUGUCCCGUCGCUACUGGCGAGCGCCAGUCGCCCAUCGAUUUGAAGGAUGACACUGUGAAGGGUGGCAAAUUUCCACCAUUUUCAGUUUCCUAUCCUAAACUGAGCAGCCCUAAGUUUUGUAACAACGGUCAUUCGGUGCAGUAUCAGGCGGACGACAGCGGCAAUUCUACAGGUGCGUAAAAAUGAUGUUUUGCUUCUAAACUGACUUUGCUUUCGUCCAAUCCAGAAUUUUACUGAACACGCUGUUUAUAAGAAGGAAAAGUGAUGGUUUUGAACUUUAUAUACCUUGAGAAAUUUUACUCGGAAUCAGUCAAUCCCUUAUAUGGCAAGCCUGGGAGUUUAUGGAGGCGUAUCAAGGGGCGGCGGCCGAGUACAAAGAUUCACUCGGCGGACUGCGAGUGGCACGGAAUCGUUCGGUUCAUUCUUAUGUCCACAGAACUGAUUGCACUUUCCACUGAUGUAAGCCAGUCACGCUAGAUGAAGUACAGGGAGGUAGUGGAGUAACAAAAAGUUGGCAAAAUUAAGAUGUUACGUAACAAAAACGUGUCUAAUUUAAAUUUCUUGAUGUUAAUUUUAUGUCCAGAGCUGAACUGCUGCCAAAGAUUUCAGUGAUGAGAGCUUUUUUUAGAAUAAAAAGGGACAGCAAGAGUCUGUCAGCAAAUCUUCUAUAUCGCUCCUCUGUGGAUCGUAGCACCACGUUAUAAUUAACUAUCAAAAUAUUGAUCAAACCUACGCUGUCAAUCAACAGCGGGGCGUACUGAGGUAGAUAAAUUAUACCAGUAAAAGAAAAAGAAAGAUAAAAGGUUACUCGCCCGUGUAAACAAUACGUUUGACUAAUUCUCGAGCAAAAAAGAAUUAUCGUAACUUGUAUUUGCUGAAGUGCUGCCUCUUAUUAUAUUUAUCUGGGAAAAUAUUAAAAUUUUCGUGACGUGAAAGUCAACAUUCAUUUUUACUUAAAUACAAUAUUCGACUCCGAAUGUUUUUAAAAACUCAGUUUUUGGGUCCUUACAUGAAAAUAAAAAUUCCUACGUGACUGGUGAUACAAAAGCGCGUCGGUAAACGCUUCACUAGACUAGAGACAAGGGCAAAGUUGUUCAAAGAAGGGUUAAGAGCAGACUGUUUGAUUUCAAAACUUAAUGCUCACAAGGCAAUUCCCUUUGCUUACAAUUUGAGGUUUUGACUUUGAAUUAAAGGAACAGGAACCCGGAUUAAAAACUUGUCGCUGGGGUAGCUUUGUAGCGAUAAUUGGCCGAUUAGCCGUCGAAAAACGCAGCCAAGCUUAACAGCGUCCAGAACAUUAUCCAACCGCUCUAAGAGACGCUGGUAAUAUUGCCUUUGUGUGAAACAAAACCCUUGCCGCAGGGCAUUCAGUGAUUCGGCUGACUAAAAAGGGUAGUAUAGUAACCCUAGUUCUGCGGUUUUAAAUAGAUUAAAAUGUUCCUGCAAUCAAAAGUUUCCGGAAAUAAAUCAUUGAAAAGAAGAAAAGCGCAACAUGUAUUGAUUCGCUUGAAGGACAGAAAAAACAUGAAGCGAGCUACGACUCUUUUUCUUACAUAAAUUAACAAACGAAUGGUAAUUAAAUAUAAGCACCUGGUCUAGCUUAACAAUACAAUUUAUGGCACUGAAAAUAUUCCUUUCUGGUUUCUUAAUGGAUAAAAUCUUUUUGUUAAAAAUAAAGAAAAGAAGAAGAAAAGAGGAAUAAUCGUUUACAGUUGACGGAUUCUGAGGUGGCAUUGGGCCCCGGGGGGGCAGAAAUCCUUAAAGACCCACCCCUACACGGCGACCCUGGGACCUUGGGAACUGGAUAUGGUCUCAAUCAAGUCGACUUAAAACGAUGGGAUAUGAUCUCAUUUGAGGGUUUUAGGGGGAUUCCUAGAGUAGCGGUUUCCCCAGUCUAGAUAAAAUCUUCAACCAACUGAUCAGUUUCCUGAAAAAUGAUACCCUAUUUUAGACCCAAACGCUCUAAUUUAUAUACCCUAUCCUAGAGUAAACUGUUUGAAAACCAUACCCUUCACAGCGGCACAUACCCAUAUAGCCCAUAUAUGGCAGUACCCCUCCCCCCGGGCAUUGGGCCCAGUGGCAUGACCUUGUACUCGGUGGUUUUAAUAUAUUAAACAAUAUUGUCGGGGUUAUUGUUAGGCAAAAUAAACGCGACUUUGUUCACUUGUAAAUCACUUAUUACAAACCCAAACACAGAAACUACAAAGUAGGCGCCCCUUAAUUUCACUCUCACAAGACGAAACGAUGCUUUCCACCCCGUAAUGUGAUUUUUACGUAAUAUUACUGCAUCAUUUAGAAAGGCUUAGUUGAUAGUAUGUAGCUUGAGCAAAAUUAGGUAAAAACGUUAAGAAAAGAAAACAAUAAUUGAAGGCGUUGUCUUAGCCUGCAUAAGGCUUCAGUUCUGCUCUUUAGUUUAUUUGUUUGUUUUUAUUGUUAUUUAUUUAAUUUAUUUACUUUUGUCAGGUAACUUAAGCGCAUUUAAAAAGGAAUAUGGUCCAUACUGGUUUGUUGUGGUACAUUUGAGAGGGAAAACGUGUGGAGAUCUGAGUAAGAUAAGCCUCUCACACGCCCCGCUGAGUAAAUUAAUCGGUUUGGUUUUUAAUCUUAUUUGUGACCUCACGACCUAUACUGAAGUGUACGUGUGCGCGUACAUGUUCAAGAAAACUCGCGACGGCAGGGGAGAAAGCGUGCUAUCAACUGAAGCUUUUGUAAAUACUUUAAUUAUCUCUCAGUUACCGACAAAAUAGCCAUCAGUGCAAUCAAUUUCUCUGCAUGAUAAUGACCUUAGACCUUUACAAUUUUACCCUCAGAACUUGAAAUUAUUCAUUUUCGUAAUUAUAAAAUUCAAUGAUACCAAGGACUCUCCAGAUUAUGUAACUGAUGAUAAAGACUCCUUGUCUAAGAGUUACACUUUGCAUUUGGGGUUCAUUGGUUUAUGUGUCUGGAGAUCAGGGUUCGUGUUUUUGUUCAUGUUCUUUUAAGGAAUGUCCGUUUCUCAAAAGUCACUGUUACGUAACUAUUCCGGGCCAUAGCUCAAAAAUCAAAACGUACUCAUGUGAAUUAAGGCUUGGCUCAGUCACGUGAGAAGCGUGUCUAAAAGCGUUUUUUAUCCGUUUCUCCAAGGUGCGUGCUAGGCUUGGAUAAAUUCUGCCGACAGAAUUUCGAGGAGUUGAGGCGAGCAUUCUGCCGGCGGAAUAAGGCAUUUUCGAAAAGAAUUUGAGCAGAAUUAUGGAAAUCAGCAGCACUAAUGAUAUGCACAACGGUUGUAAGAAAAAUUUAAAACUGAAUAAAUUACAAAUGGGAAAUACCUUGUGACUAAUUUGAUUAUUUAAUAGCUACAACGCACUCACAUUAAAAGUAAGAUGAAUUACAAUUUUGCUACGCACAAUGCAUAUCUAAUUAGUUUGUAGCCGAGUCUUGGGCCUAGGCUCCCUUCUAUGGGCCGAAAUUUUUUUUUCCGGAUACCGAGCAGAAUUUUUAGCAGAAUAAGCGAUUUUUACGAGCACUGCCGGCAGGUAGAGUAAGCCAUUUUACGUACAGAAUUUGUCCACGCCCAGUGCGUGCAAACAAUCCGCUUGAACAACGGUAAAAAAACCUUCGAAUCAAGAUGGCGGCUACUCGUUUAAUCAAUUGAGGGGUUAGAAGAAAAGGAAGUCGCUGUCAACUCAAAAUGAGCCAGGAAAGGACGAAAUUUGAAGUAAAUCUUUUCAGAGAUAAAUGCUACAAAAACGUUUUUGUAUAUAACUAGCUUCCUUCUUUAUAGCAGUUUUAAGAAACAUGUGUGUUUCGUUAGAAACUUGUCUAAAUCUUUGCAGCGACACGACUCCUGCCCAGAAUUAAUCAUGUCAAUGUGGAAACCCAAAUCGUCAAUUAAGUAAAACAGGCCACGUGACUUGACAAUAGAAUAGCUAAUUAAGUAUAGAACAAAUACUGCUUUUAAAAAUGCGCCAUUAUGUUCAGAUGACCGCGUCAUUGGAGGAUAAUGUUAAGCCGAUGAUAGUCUUGUCUUCUUCACCCCUCUUCUCACUAUCAAACUGAGAGGAAAUUUAAAAAAACAAAAAACAGCAACAGUGGUGAGUGUUCUUAAAGGGAGGCAGACCCCCGCGCCAGAGUCGUCUUUCACUCACGAAAAGACACGUUAGCAGGGAUCCCGCAAUUAGAAAUGACAAAAGCUUUUCUGUCAAAGCUAAAUGAAAUGAAAGUAAAAGACAACUUAAAGCAUAUUGAAAAACGAACUUAUCGGUCUACUAACAUUUCAAAUUAAUAGAGAACAGCAAUUGCAGAAAUCUGUUUGCAAGUGACUGUCAAUAGCCUCUCCAGAUUUUUGGCCACUUUAAGUCUGUUUUCUGUAAAUAUGCUUUAUUAUAUUGACUAAGCUUGUUCGUUCAAGAUGGCUGGAAAUUUUUAAUUGUGUUUCUAUUAUUAUUAUUAUUACUAUUAUUAUUAUUAUUAUUAUUAUUAUUAUUAUUAUUAUUCCGUUCUUAGACAUGAUGAAUGAGAUUGGCAUUGACAAAAAUCAGCAACUUUAUAUAAUCAAGAAAAUCAUAAUUAUAGCCAUUAGAGCAACAUAUUACAUAUAGGAAUUGGGUAACCCAGACUUAAUGCAAUUAUGAUUUCUUUUCUUUUCUUUUUUCUUUCUUUCUUGUUUUUUUUAAUAAUCCAAUCUCAAGCAGAAUUUGUAAAUUGCCUAUAAGUAGAGAGAUUUACAAUUGUGCAUCCAAAAACACAAAUAAAGUUUCCAUUGUUAUUAUUAUUAUUAUUAUUAUUAUUAUUAUUAUUAUUAUUAUUAUUAUUGGAUUUGAGGUUAAUUAAAACGCAACAAAGAACAAGGCUAACAGAUCCAGCCAUCUUGACCGAACUUCUUACAUCUGAUAACUCCUGCCCGCCAUGACAUUCUGGCUAAACCGCUUGCAGAAUGACGACGGCUAUCACGUUUUCCUGCCAAAAUGACGCUGGCUCACGCGUGUGCACAAUUGAGAAAAUCUCGUAGCCGUAGUCGUACUCGUUUUCAGAUCUAAAGCUCUCUUUUACUGCGUUAAAUGAACCGUUAAAUUGAACCUAUGCAACCUAAACUUUUUUGUAUUUCUUUAUUCUAGAACUGUCAGGAGGACCCUUAACUGAAAAAUACAAAUUUGGGCAAUUUCAUUUUCACUGGGGCGCAAAGGACGAUGAAGGUUCCGAGCACAGAGUGAAUGGAAAGAUGUACCCAGCCGAGGUGAUUAAGAGAAAGAACUGCUUGAAGUCUUUCUCAAACGUCCAGAAUAUCCUGUAGUUACAUACUGUCCAGUAUCUUAUAUCCAGUUCUUUAAGGCGUGUCACGGUUUUACCCAAGGACUAGUACAAGUAAUAGGGAGCUUAAGCAAAGAAGUUUUUGCGUGACGCACGUCAACCGGAAGUGGGGCCUUUUGCAAAAGCAUUGCCCAUGCAAGAAGUCCAUUUCCGGUUGACCUGCGUCGCUCAAAUGAAAUCUAUGAGCUGAAUCAAAAUAAAAAAUUUUUAUCGUCCUAGGCGUAGCUAGCGUUUAUUUUCACCAAACUUCUGCAACAUACUAGUCUAUCUAUUUAAACCUGUUCUAACAACCAUCAAACGAGUAAAGUUGUGUUAGCCUGCGAAUACGCCAGCCUUCGUUACGUGGGCUAUACUAGAGACCUCACGAAACUACCCAAGCGACGGCAACGGGAACGCCUAAAACACAACUGGCGACAACUCUGCUCGUUCAUCACUCUUUUUUUGUAAAUUUCUUUGCUGUCCCUGCACAACUACUGUGCGACGUGAAAUAGCUACUAAUUUACUUGAGAAUGGGAACGGUAAGGCGAUAAAUUUUACUAUCUCCGUCUGAAUUCGGACGCGGUCCUCUCCCUUCAGCACCAACCACAUUCCCUUUCUUUAAAGUAACUGGGAGACUUGGAAUAAUUGCGUAACAGUUUGAAAAGACUCGAAGUCUAUUUAUCCUGCGACCUUUAGUCAUUAUCGUCGCCUGGGCUGUCGUGAGAUCGUUACUACACUCCCCCGAACGGACUUUUAACCGCAAGCUUACAGACGUAACAAACGCGUUGUUGUUUGCUGUUUUAUUUGUUUGAUUGUUUUAUUAUCAUAUUGCCAUUUACAUUAAAUAUACACACAACAUUUAGAAAAAUGAGGCAAGGGAGCUCAUGGAAGCCAAUAAGGCUUAUGAAAAGGACCACCUUCAAAUAUAUGUAACUUCAUCACUUAAAUAAAAUACCGACAUAGGCAAGACACUUUAACUAAACACAUACAAUUCCUUUGCAACAUAGAAAAUAAUCAUAAGGCUGAACGUACGUGUGUAAAAAAGAAAAAGAAAAAGUGAGAAAAAAUAAUGCAAAAAUACGAGAAAAAACGCAGCGAAAGAAGCGAAAAAGUACACGUAAGCAUCAAGAGAAGUAAAAUAUGCUUAUACCUAGAAAAAUGACUUUAGUUUGGAAGUGAACACAGCAAUACAAGAGGCAUUCUGACUGUCAGAGCUAAGGGAAUUAAAUAUUUUGGGCCCUUGAAAAUGAAGUGAAAAUUUCCUUACAUUAUUUUGUCCUUCAGUAGGGCAAACGGAAGGAAUUCUUACUUCUGUUGUCUUCUGCCUCCUUGAAAAAUGUCAAGUUUGUCAAGUUUGUUUUUUGUUAGAGUAGACUAUUGUGAGGAGCAUGCGAACUAAAAAGCUUUCUUUAACUUUGUUGUGCAGUUACAUUUGGUUCACUUCAAGGCUAAAUAUGCUGGUAUAGGGGAAGCUGUACAAUCUGGCGAUGCUGAUGGCUUAUGCGUUUUAGGAUUCUUCUUAAAGGUAACAUGGUUCCCAUGACGAUCCAAUGGUAGUCGAUUUUUUUAACCUGCUGAUUAACCAUAGCUUGAGUAUGAGACAGGGGUUUCUGGGGGAAAGGAGCAAAAGAAAAGAAACUUCUGGAAUUGUGACUUGGGCAGGAAAAAAAUUGGCCAAUAGCUGAUCAUGACCGCCGCGUCCCCGGUAACCAUCCCAGAAACAAUUGCGGGAGGCAUUUAGGGUCCAGUUCCCUUCUCGUUUCUAAAUUGACGAAUGAACUGGGUUAACUUUUGCAAAGACUUCUGGGACUGUUAUUUGGGACAAGAAAAAAAUUGGCCAAUAGCUGACCGGCGUGUCCCCGGUAACGAUCCCAGAAACAAUUGCGGGAAACAUUUUGGCCCCAGUUCCCUUCUCGUUUCUAAAGUGGCGAAUUUAUUCCACUGCCCUUCAGGAGGCGGAAUCUUACAGACACGCUGCAAAAAACGAACCAGUCACUUAAUUGCGGACGCGAGAGGAGCCCGCAAUCCUAAUCUCGAAGUUGCUAUUACGCAUGCGUCGCACGUACGUAGCCAGCAUUCGCUUGGACCAUAAAGUUGAAUAAAAUGCACAGAACACAAUUUGAUCACGCGCGUUUGGACCUAUCACUCGUAAUGUGAUCACGCGUGUGUUGACCAUUUGUCACGUGAAACUUACGCAAAGCACAUCGUUGGAGCUACAGCGUUUUGACCUUCUAUCGUUGUCGCCCAGACUCCGUAACCUUUGGUUAUUACAAGUAUAAUAUUAAGGAUGAACAGAGGAUAAGUCAAAGUGAACUGGUGUAUUGAGUUGAAGUUGGGCCGUGUUAGAAGCCCAUUAUGAAAGAACUGUCACCUUCUCAUAAUACUGACUUAAUAUGGUGGAGCGGGGAAGGGUUGAAUUACGUGGGCAUCGAAACUAGUUUGGCCGGGUUGUAAAACGUAGGUAGUUCACAAGUGUCCACAAUUAGUUUACACAGGGUCAUAGGCUAUGUGUGUUGACGUGUUAAUAGGAAAUUAUUAUUAUUAUCAUCAUCAUUAUUAUUAUCAUUGUCACUGUCAUUAAUUAUCAUCAUUUUUGUUUUUGUUGUCAACAAAACGUCCCUAUUGUGUGUUAUUUGCAGGUUGGAGCAGAAAAUGCAAGCCUAAAGCCAAUAACGGAUUUGCUUCCAAAACUGAAAGAACCUGUAAGAUUGUUUUUCAUCAACGCUGAUAAUUGAUUUUUUUUCUUUAUAUUCAAUUUUAACUUUCAUUAUUAGCCUAUGCCAUAUCAGUAACUGGAUAAAUGUAGGUUUCCAAAAUCAUUUUUAAUUUUUUCCAAUUUUGUUUCGCGUACAGAAAAGCUCGGAGCCUGUUCCUGCCUCAUUCGACUUGAAAGCAAUCUUACCUUCAGGUAAUAAUGAAAAAAAAUACAACACCUUAGGUUAAUACAUUUUUAAGAUAAUGUACAACCUCACCGACGGUUAUUUCCUAAAACCCUUUAAAUCCUCUUUGUAACUGUACAAGGUUAGGCUGAGACGGGCGUUUUCUUUCAUUUGCUCGUACUUAAGCCAUAGCACCUAAACCUUGGAUCUUGUUUGUCCAAUCCCUUGACCGCUAUUCCUAAUCUGAUCAUUCUUGUUUAAAAAAAUAUUGAAUGUCUAUGUCGAGACAAAGUCCCUAGAUCCAACAAAUGCAAUGAGAAACGAACUCCAAAAUAUGCAACGCAGUAUUCAGGCAUUCUAUCGAAUCAAAACAAAAUCCUGACUUUAUAUAAGGGUAACACAAUUGCUGGUAAACCAGGUUUUCAUUGUGGCGCGCGCCCACUGGGUUAAGAAUUUCAACUGGCCAGAGGUAAACCAGUUGGCUUUUUAAAUAUAAGCACAACAGAGGAGUUGAACUCGAAGCUACUAAGGACAAUUAAAUCCAGCGGAUUAAACCCGAGGUCUACGGAUUACAAUUUCAGCACUCUAACCACUCGGUCACUCUGCCUCCCUUUAAACCGCAAUAUUUUAGACUAAGUACUAUGUCCACUUUAAAAAUGCACAUUUAUGCAAAUGCCAGAAGAACCUAACACCUGUUUACCUUCACGGACGUUUUCAAUAUCGUGCAAAACCUCACCAAAGAGACACCAGGCAGAAUAACGACCUUACGUUGCCUUAAGGUACAGGCUGGCGACUCGCCAAAAGACUUUUGCCUACCGUGGGGCAAAAAUGUAUAAUACCUUUAAGAUAUAAGAGACACGGAAAGUCUUACCGUUUUUAAAAAGAGAAUGUUCAAAAAUCUUAGGUAGUGUUUUAUUAUUGAAAUGUAAGUAGUCUUCAAAAUUAAUAUUUUAUUUUUUAUUAAAAUUGCUAUUAUUGUUAUUAUUAUUAUAUUUAUUAUUAUUAUUAUUAUUAUUAUUAUUAUUUAAUUCGUUAUUUUAUCAUAGAAAUGUAAAUAGUUUUGUAGUUUACUUUAUUUUAUUAUGGUUCUUGGUGCCCUCAUGUUUACUUUCAUCCCUUUUCAGCUUUGACGGACUAUUACACUUAUGAGGGCUCACUGACUACUCCUCCUCUGGCUCAAUGCGUCAAAUGGGUUGUAUUCAAGAAUCCUUUGGAAGUCUCUGCUGCCCAGGUAUAUUUACGUUAACAUUUACCUGAAAUCAUCGAAUGUCUAUUGCAUGCGUAAGACAGGUACCCUUACAUAGCUAACGGGCCGAGCAAAGGGCUUAAGGCAGCAUCUUGAUAGAGUAUCUGAUCGACGCCCAUUGACGCCAUCGCCUUCACAAUGAACGCAGCAGCCAACUAUUUAGGUAGCCUCGGAGGAAAAGACUUGCUUUAGCAUCAUCAAAUUUAAACGGGUAUUUCAUGAAAUGUUUUAUUUUGUUUUUCUUUAGAUGGAAGCUUUUAGGGGAGUUGAUGACCGUUUUGGCAAUAAAAUGGUUGGAAACUAUCGUCCACCAUGUCCCCUUCAUUCUCGUACAGUUUCAGCUACCUUCAAGUGAAAGAAUGACAAAACUGCUUACAUUGCGAGAA